GUCAAGCUUGAGAUGGAGGGUAAACAUUUGCCCGGCUUCGGGACGCUCGGGCCCCAUUCAUCCCCGACGACUCCGAAGGACGGGCCGUCCGCUCAAGGUCACAGACACACGCUCCCCCCGGUCCGAAAAGGACCCGCCACGAAACAGAAGGGCCUCUACUCGGAUGUGUUCACCGCCCUCAGAUUUAAGACUUGCGCGGAGGAAGCGGACAGCCGGGAGGGGGUAUCCGCCCUUGACUUCAGCGAUGAUGACGGUUCAUCAGACUCCAAGUCUCCGUUUGCCAAAUACAAGUUUGACGACAAGGAGUAUUAUGGUCCCUUUUCCAAGCAACUCCUCACGACGUACUUCAACUGCGGCGCCGACACGCCCAAGGUCCAGAUGCCCUACAAAACCGUUCCUGGAAAGAGCCCUCGCGAUUUAACUAAGGAGAGGUGUCGAAGAGAAUACCUGAAGAUUGAUUUUGAGAAGCUGCUGGCGGACAAAAAGAUCGACUCCAAUCUCCUGAUGCCACGCCCCUUGGACGGUCACGACGAGCGCCUCGUCGCGUCGCCUUACCUUCCCCUUGAGAUAUUUGACAACGUGGAGUUUGACUGCCGGACUGCGGAGGACUGGCUGGUCCUGGGGACAAGCGAAGGGUCGCCUUGCAGAAAACCAAUCCCGGCAAAAGCGUUGCUGCCGACGGAUGACGCGGUAGCGUCGGAAAACGGCAAAGCCCCCCCAUCGGCGGAGUACAGCUGGCAUUUAGUGGGAGUGCUCGACUACAACAGGGAGAAAUGUCAGUACUUGGUAGAAAAGGUUUUCCCAAACAGCAAGCUGAAAGAAGGAGAAAGGAAUCGCCCCGAUGUCAAGUGCCUCCAAACGGGCAACAGGCACUGGAUUCCCCGCAUCCGGCUGCUGUUCAGUGCCGAGGACCCCCGCGUCUUCGUGCGGCGCAUCCAGUUUGCCAUGCGGCUGCGGGCCAACUCCGAGGCCCUCAUCCUCUACAACCUGACGGUGGACUGCAUGCCCAUCUGGGACGAGACGCCGUCCAUCGAUCCGCACUGCCUGCGCCGUAUCCAAAGGCGAGCGCUGGCGGGCUCCGGCCUCAAACUGGACAUUGUGAAAAGGUGCGUGGAGGGGCUGGCCAAGGAGGUGAAGCUGGAAUACGACCGCACGAUGAAUCGCUUCAUCUUGGAUAAGAGCGUGGUGAGCCACCCGCAGGAGUUUGCGCACAUCGCGCUGCCGCAGGAGGAACGCCGGCGCGUGCCAAUCAGAGGCUGCGUGACGGUCCCCGCCUUCGACUACAAGAAGAACCAGGCGGCGUUCUUCACCAAGUCCAUGCUGACGGAACCAAAAGUCAUCUGCACCUUGUCGGAAAUCCGCUCCGAGUGCAACAAGCUGGCCAAUAUGAGACUCUUCAACGUCUCCUUAACCAAACCUCUGCGACUGGACGAGUUUGAGGCCAACCAGACCCAAAUGCAAACUCAGAUCAGCUUGUUCCUGCGGGAGGCCUGGAUGCUCACCGUCACUUACAGUCUCCGUCACAACCUGGAAACGGUCGGCAAAGGCGCGUACAACAUGAACGAGACUCACUGGGGGAUGCACAAGGUUUCCAAGCUCAACAAACUGCUGGCCGUGGUGCACUACAACCUGCAGGACACUCUGCGUAACCUCGUGGAGGACUCGCUGCUCGGCCUGAGCAAGCUGAUUCUGGAUGCGUGCUACAGCGCGCUAACGUGUCCCGAUGACCUGGUGUGGGGGGACGACUACAUCUGCAGCCCCUACAAGCCAAAGAACAAGCCUCUGUUCCUCGUGGAUUUAGUCCUGAACGAGACGGGCGUCCAUUACAGCACACCUCUGGAGAAUUUUGAGGCCUCCAUUUUGAACCUAUUCAACGAGGGCAUUCUGGUCACGCACAACAUCCCGAUGCUCGAUAAGUUUUUAAUGAAGAAGCUGCUAUUCGGCGACGACCCCGUGCUGGAGUCGGUCCAACUUUGCGAAGCCAAAGUCUCCCGCUUGAGAGAGAAGAUCUGCACGGCUAUCAAGAAAGCCAUCAUUCCCCUCAAGGCUUACGCCGCGGAAUACGCCAAGUACAUCGAGCUGUACAGCUUAAAUAUCGAGGACCACUUCAUGUCCGUCAGCGACGACGAGAAGACGUCCAAGGCCGUGAAGAUGGAAGUGGAACAGCAUCUCAAAGACAAGGAGGCGCUCCAAAGCUCGCUGCCGUCCUCCAUCGUCAUCGGCGCCUUUAUCGUACACGUCGAGGCGGUGCGGCAGACUCUCAUCAACAAGAAAAAGGAUUUGGCCAUUGCCACUUUGGAGCACCACGCCGACAAGCUCAGAAGGCAGAUGGAAGAUGAAUGCAACGAGUUCAACACCAUCGGUCACGCGCUCAGCGACCAUCCCAACUCCAUCGAGGACCUGACGGAGAAGAGGGACUGGAUGAAACAAAUCCCAGACCAGCUCAAGAGUUGCAAGGAACGCGUUGCCAAAAUUCUAUCCGAGUAUGAACUCUUUGAAGAAUUUCACUACUCCUUAUCAAAUGAGGAUUUUUUGAAAAAGUGGCGUGCUAUCGAGUGGCCCCAAAAGAUCAUCAGACAGAUCGAAGAGGUGACCGCCCAUCUUGUGGAGGAAGAGGAGCGCUUCCAGAAGAUCCAGAUCGCCGACCAGGACAUCUUUGAGCAGCGCAUCGAAGCCGCCGAGAUGCUGGUCCGGAAGUUCACCGGUUACGCCGAUAUCGAUCACGCCACCGAGAUCGCCAACGAGGUGAGGCGGGCGAGUAAGGAGCUGAAAGAGUGCCAGGGUUUGGCGCAAACCUACAACACCAGAGAGCGCUUGUUCGGUACUCCCGUCACAAACUACGACCGUCUGCACAAAAUGGCCAAGCAGUUCCAGCCCUUCUUUGACCUGUGGACCACCACCUACGAUUGGACCCACCGGCACGAGAGCUGGCUCAACAAUCCGCUGACCUCCAUUGACCCCGAGCAGCUUGAGCGCAAUGUGACGGGUGCCCUGGACACCAUGAAUAAAUGUAUCAAACAGUUCAAGGACAACCCCGACUGCAAAAUGGUGGCGUCUUUGAUCCGCACCAAGAUUGAGGAGUUCCGUCCUUACGUUCCCCUGGUUCAGGGUCUGAGGAACCCGGGGAUGCGAAUGCACCACUGGGAUGCCCUUUCGCAAACCAUUCAGAUCAAAGUGGUGCCCAAAGCCAACCUGACCUUGUCCCGCUGUUUGGAACUGGGGCUUCAGAACCACAUGGAUGCCAUCGCGCAGGUGGCCGAGACCGCCGGCAAAGAGUACACCAUUGAGCAGGCCCUGCACAAAAUGAAAGCGGAGUGGUCGGCCAUUCUCUUUGACCUGAUGCCGUACAAGGAAACGGGCACCUGCAUCCUGAAGAGUCCCGACGAAGCCUUGCAGCUGCUGGACGACCACAUCGUCAUGACGCAAAGCAUGUCCUUCUCCCCCUACAAGAAGGCCUUCGAAGCCGAAAUCAACAAGUGGGAGAGCAAACUCAGAACCACCCAAGACGUGCUGGAGGAGUGGCUCUUAUGUCAGGGGUCUUGGCUCUACCUGGAGCCCAUCUUCAGCUCCGACGAUAUCAACGAACAGCUGCCCGUGGAGGGGAUGCGAUACCAACAAAUGGAGGAAAUCUGGAAGAGAAUCAUGAAAGGUGCCUCCGAUAACCCAAAGAUCAUCGAAUUCUGCCCGGGGCCUCACCUGCUCGACAAACUGAAAAAGUGCAACGUCCUUUUAGAACAGGUGCAAAAGGGCCUGAGCGAAUACUUGGAGAUCAAACGAAACGCCUUCCCCAGGUUCUACUUCCUGUCGGACGACGAGCUUCUGGAAAUUCUGUCUCAGACCAAAGACGCCACCGCCGUCCAGCCGCACCUGCGCAAAUGCUUUGAGAACAUUGCGCGGCUGAAAUUCCAGCCGGACCUGCUGAUCACACACAUGUACUCCGGAGAAGGCGAGGAGGUCCAGCUGGCCGUGACCGUCAUGCCCACCGGCAAUGUGGAGGACUGGCUGAGAGAGGUGGAGAAAUCCAUGACGGCGACGGUCAGGGACUACAUCGAUCGAUCGCUCCGCGUUUAUCCCGAGAAACCUCGCGAAGACUGGGUUCUCUCAUGGCCCGGGCAAGUGGUGAUCGCUGGCUGUCAGGUCUACUGGACCGCCGAAGUGUCGGAGGCUUUGGAGCGGGGGGACUUGGCCGAGCGUCUUUUCCCUCAGCUGCAGAAACAGCUGGGUAACCUGGUGCACCUGGUGAGGGGAGGCGUAUCGAAAAUGCAACGAGCCGUGCUCUCCGCCCUCAUCGUCAUCGAGGUGCACGCCAAAGACGUGGCAGGAAAACUGGUGGAGCUGGCGGUGUCCAGCGUCAAUGACUUUGAGUGGAUCAGUCAACUCAGAUACUACUGGGCAAGAGAGGACCUGUACAUCCGAGCGGUGAAUGCCGAGUUUUUGUACGGAUACGAGUACCUGGGAAACUCCGGACGACUGGUCAUCACGCCGCUCACAGACAAAUGCUACCUGACCCUGACGGGCGCUCUUCACCUCAAGUUUGGAGGAGCUCCCGCCGGUCCGGCGGGCACGGGAAAAACUGAAACCACCAAAGAUCUGGGAAAGGCUCUCGCCAUCCAGACGGUGGUUUUCAACUGCUCCGACCAGCUGGAUUUUAUGGCAAUGGGCAAGUUCCUCAAAGGCUUGGCUAGCUCCGGUGCCUGGGCUUGCUUUGACGAGUUUAAUCGGAUCGAUGUGGAGGUGUUGUCCGUGGUGGCUCAGCAGAUCACCACCAUCCAAAAGGCGCAACAGCAAAGGGCGGAACGGUUUGUUUUCGAGGGCUCCGAGAUCCCGCUGGUCCCCUCCUGCGCCGUGUUCAUCACCAUGAAUCCCGGCUACGCUGGCCGCACGGAGUUGCCCGACAACCUGAAGGCUCUGUUUCGGCCGGUGGCCAUGAUGGUCCCCAACUUCGCCAUGAUAGCCGAGAUCUCGCUCUACUCGUUCGGCUUCAGCGACGCCAAAGUCCUCUCGCAGAAAAUCACCAGCACGUUCACACUCUCCUCGGAACAACUCAGCUCUCAGGAUCACUACGAUUUCGGAAUGAGAUCCGUGAAGUCGGUGAUCUCGGCUGCCGGAAAUCUGAAGCGAGAGAACCCCAACAUGAACGAGGAGCUGAUCUGCUUACGGGCCAUCCGAGACGUCAACGUGCCCAAGUUUUUACGAGACGACCUGAAGCUCUUCAACGGCAUCGUGUCCGACCUUUUCCCGAAGACGAAGCAGGAGCCCAUCGACUACGGCACGCUGGAGGAAUCCAUGCGCCACAUAUGUACCAAGAUGAACCUCAAGGACGUGGACGAAUACAUCGGGAAGUGCAUUCAACUGUACGAGACCACCGUGGUCCGACACGGCCUGAUGUUAGUGGGACCCUCGGGAUCGGGUAAAACAAAGUGUUACGAAGUUCUGGGGGCGGCGAUAACGGCGCUCAAGGGCCAGCCCUCCGUCAGCGGGGAUCUGUACGAGGCCGUUCAGACGUACGUGCUCAACCCCAAGUCCAUCACCAUGGGUCAGCUUUACGGGGAGUACGACUUGCUGACGCACGAGUGGACGGACGGCAUCCUCUCUUCUUUGAUCCGGAUGGGGACGUCGGCGAUGGACAAUGAUAAGAAGUGGUACAUGUUCGACGGUCCGGUCGACGCCGUCUGGAUCGAGAACAUGAACACCGUGCUGGACGACAACAAAAAGCUUUGCCUGAGCUCCGGCGAAAUCAUCAAGCUCACCGAGUGCAUGACCAUGAUGUUUGAGGUACAAGACUUGGCGGUGGCGUCGCCGGCCACGGUGUCCCGCUGCGGCAUGAUCUACCUGGAGCCCAGUAUUUUGGGCCUGGUCCCCUUCACCGAGUGUUGGCUCAGGCGAGUCCCCAAAGUCAUGCGAGCGUUCACGGAGGAGCUCGCUUCCUUGUUUGAGCGCUUCCUCCAGGACUCUGUCAAUUUUGUUCGUGACUCGGUCAAGGAGGUCAUCACGUCGCUGGACAGCAAUCUGACCUGCAGCCUCCUCAAACUGAUGGACUGCUUCUUCAGGCCGUUUAAUUUCAGCGAGGAAGACAAGCCGCCGCCUCGAAACAAACUGGAGCGUGUGAAGGAGCUGAUUGAGCCGUGGUUCUUUUUCUCGCUGGUAUGGAGCGUCGGCGCCACGGGAGACGGACCCAGCAACCAACGCUUUAGCGCCUGGCUCAAAAACAAGAUGGCGGACGAAAAGAUUCAUUUAUGCUUCCCAGAAGACGGCCUGGUCUACGACUACAGGCUCGACGAUGCGGGCAUCAGUCGCUGGAAUGAGGAAGAGGAAGAGAAAAAGGACCGAAAGGUGCAGUGGGUCAACUGGGUGAACGACGCCAAGAACGUCGUCAUCACCCCGGAUACGAGCUACUCGGACAUCAUCGUUCCCACCGCUGACACGGUCAGAAUGACUUUCCUCAUGGAUAUGCUCUUGUCCAAUAUGAAGCCCUUGCUUUGCAUCGGGCCCACCGGGACAGGAAAGACCCUGGCCUUGUCCGACAAGCUGCUGAAGAACAUGCAUUCGCAAUACGUCACGCACUUCCUCAUGUUCUCGGCGCGCACCUCGGCCAACCAGACUCAGGAUUUCAUCGACAGCAAGCUGGACAAAAGGCGCAAAGGUGUGUUUGCUCCUCCCAAAGGCAAGUACUUCAUCUUCUUCAUCGACGACCUCAACAUGCCCCUGCUGGAGACCUACGGCGCACAGCCUCCCAUUGAACUGCUGCGCCAGUGGAUGGACCACGCCGGCUGGUACGACCGCAAGCAGAUCGGGGCUUUCAAGCAAAUAGUGGACAUCAAUUUUGCCUGCGCCAUGGGACCUCCGGGCGGUGGGCGGAACCCCAUCACGCCGCGCUUCACGCGCCACUUCAGUUUUCUUUCCUUUACCGAACUGGAAGAUGCCAGCAUGAAAAAGAUUUUCUCCACCAUUUUAGGCAGCUGGAUGAAUGGAAACAUGAGUAAAAAGAACCCAGGCCGAUCCGUGCCAGAAAUCGUGCCUUUGAACAACGCCAUCGUCGACGCCACCAUCCGCGUGUACACGACUAUUUGCUCUCAGCUUCUCCCAACUCCGACAAAGUCUCACUACACGUUCAACCUCCGAGACCUGUCCAAGGUUUUCCAGGGGAUCCUCAUGGCGGAGACCAGCAUGAUCGAGAGCAAGGAGAUGCUGCUUCAGCUGUGGUACCACGAAAACUGCCGGGUUUUCCAGGACCGCUUGGUGUGCGACGAAGACAGGGAGUGGUUCAACUCCCUCCUGAAGGAAUUCAUUCAGGAGUUCGGCUGCGACUUUAACGCGGUGGUUCCCUGCCGCCCGAUCUUAUACGGGGACUUCAUGGUCCCCGGCGCACUGCACAAAGUCUACACCUUCAUCGACGACAAGGAAAAGCUGGAAGACGUUAUGAUGGAGUACAUGGAAGACUACAACCAGAACUGCACGCCCAAGAUGAAACUGGUGCUCUUCAUGGACGCCAUCGAGCACGUCUGCCGAAUCGGUCGUGUCCUGCGCCAGCCGCUGGGCAACGCCCUGCUGCUCGGAGUCGGCGGCAGCGGGCGACAGUCCCUCACCAAGCUGGCCUCGUACAUAUCCGAGUACAGGUGUUUCCAGAUCGAGCUAUCGAAGAACUACGGUCAGCUGGAGUGGCGGGAGGACAUCAAAAGCAUCAUGAUGAAGGCCGGCAUUCAUAACCAGCAGAUCACCUUCCUCUUUGUGGACACUCAGAUUAAAAGCGAGUCGUUCCUGGAAGACAUCAACAGCAUUCUGAACUCUGGCGACGUUCCCAACUUGUAUGCGUCCGAUGAGCAGGAGCGCAUCCUGGCGUCGAUGAAGCCGGUGGUCCAAGAGUUGGCCCAGCAGCCGACCAAGUCCAACCUCAUGGCCGCUUACCUUAAGAGAGUUCGCACCAACAUCCACACUGUACUCUGUAUGAGUCCCAUCGGGGAAGUGUUUCGUGCGAGGCUGAGGCAGUUCCCCUCGCUGGUAACGUGCUGCACCAUCGACUGGUUCAGCGCAUGGCCAGAUGAGGCUCUGCAAGCCGUGGCCACUUCCUUUCUGAACGAGUUGCCCGAGCUGGACGCCAGCCCCGAAGCCAUGGACGGACUGACGGUGAUGUGCAUGAUGAUCCACCAGAUCGUGGCCCAGAAGUGCGAGCAGUUCCUGGCCGAGCUUUCUCGACAAAACUACGUGACGCCCAAGAGCUACCUGGAACUGCUCAAUAUCUUCUCAAAUCUCAUCGGACGCAAGAAGCAAGAGCUGUGUCAUGCUCGUGAGCGCAUGAGCACCGGUCUGGACAAGCUCCUGAGCACAGCGGAGGACGUGAGCAAGAUGCAAGAGGAGCAGGAGGUGAUGAGGCCUCUUUUGGAGGAGGCCGCGAGGGAGACCGAGGUCACCAUGGAAACCAUCAAAAAAGACUCGGUGAUUGCCGAGGAGACACGCAAGUCGGUGCAAGAGGAGGAAGCCAAAGCUUCGGAGAAAGCCCGGGUGGCGGGGGAAAUUGCCAGCGACGCGCAGCGGGAUCUGGACGAGGCCCUGCCGGCCCUCGACGCCGCCACCACCAGCCUCAAGUCGCUCAACAAGAACGACGUCACCGAGGUGCGCGCCAUGCAGCGCCCUCCCGCGGGGGUGAAGCUGGUCAUCGAGGCCGUGUGCAUCAUGAAGGAUGUCAAACCCAAGAAGGUGCCCGGAGAGAAACCCGGAAGCAAGGUCGAUGACUACUGGGAACCGGGUAAAGUCUUGCUCCAGGACCCGGGCAAGUUUCUGGAUAGCCUUUUUGCCUACGACAAGGACAACAUCCCAGAAAGAGUCAUCACCUUGGUGCAGCCCUACAUCGAUAACGAAGAAUUCCAGCCCGCCGCCAUUGCAAAGGUUUCCAAAGCCUGUACCUCCAUUUGCCAAUGGGUUCGAGCCAUGCACCUUUAUCACUUUGUGGCCAAGGGCGUGGAGCCCAAAAGGCAAGCUCUCAAGGCAGCCCAGGAGGAGUACGACGAGUCUCAGAGGAGUUUGAAAGCCGCCAAAGAAAUGCAAGCGGCCGUGGAAAGCGGCAUCGCGGCAUUGCAGGCCAAGUACCAAGACUGCCUGGCCAAGAAAAACGAGCUGGACAACAAGUACCAACUGUGUGAGAUACGCCUGGUUCGAGCAGAUAAGCUUAUCGCCGGACUGGCGGAUGAGAAAACCCGUUGGAAGGAGACGGUGCAACAUCUGGAAUACAUGGUCAGUAACGUGGCGGGCGACGUGUUGAUGUCGGCGGGCUACGUCUCGUACCUGGGGCCCUUCACCGGGUCCUACCGGGCGGCCAUGGCGGAGGAGUGGCUGCGAUCUUUCAAGGAGUUGAAAGUCCCGCACACCGAGGCGCCCAAUCUCAUCACCACUCUGGGAGACGCCGUCAAGAUCCGCUCCUGGCAGCUCUCGGGUCUGCCCAAGGACAACCUUUCGGUGGAGAACGCCGUCAUUGCCCAGUAUUCUCUGCGCUGGGCUCUCUUCAUUGAUCCUCAAGGUCAAGCCAACACGUGGAUCAAAACCAUGGAGCGGGACAGCGGACUGGAGAUCAUCAAGCUCAGCGACCGGGAUUUCCUCCGCAGUCUGGAAAACGCCAUCCGCUUCGGGAAACCCUGCUUGCUUGAGAAUAUCGAGGAGGACCUGGAUCCCGCUCUUGAACCCGUACUGCUGCAGCAGACAUUUAAGGAGCAAGGCAGCUUAAAGCUGAAGCUGGGCGACUCCACCAUCCCGUACCACGAGAGCUUCAAGUUUUACAUCACCACCAAGUUACCCAAUCCGCACUACUCUCCAGAGGUUUCCACGAAGGUCACCCUCAUCAACUUCACGCUGUCGCCAAGCGGUUUGGAAGAUCAGCUGCUGGCUCAGGUGGUGGCGGCGGAACGUCCGGAAUUGGAAACGGCGAAGAACCAGCUGAUCGUCAGCAACGCCAAAAUGAAGCAGGAGCUGAAAGAUAUCGAGGAUGAGAUCCUGUUCCGCCUCAGCUCCUCAGAAGGAAACCCGGUGGACAAUCAGGAGCUCAUUCAGGUGUUGGAAGCUUCCAAAGUCAAAGCUGGCGAGAUCCAGGCCAAAGUGCUGGUGGCAGAGGAGACCGAGAAGGACAUCGACGCCACCCGUCUGACUUACGUGCCGGUGGCGGUACGCACGCAGAUCCUCUUCUUCUGCGUGUCGGACCUGUCCAACGUGGACCCCAUGUACCAAUACUCCCUGGAGUGGUUCCUCGGCAUCUUCAUGGUCGGCAUCGCCAAUGCCGAACGGGCAGACACGGUGGAGCAGCGGAUCGAGAACAUCAACAAAUAUUUCACCUUCAGCCUGUACUGCAACGUGUGCCGCAGCUUGUUUGAGAAGCACAAGCUGAUGUUUGCCUUUCUGCUUUGCGCUCGCAUCCUCAUGAACGACGGCCAGAUCGACAUGGCCGAGUGGCGUAACUUGUUAUCCGGAGGGAUGCCCAACCAGGAACUGGCCAACCCGGCCGCGAGCUGGCUGUCGGACCGCGCCUGGAAGGACAUCCUGGGCCUGAGCGUCCUGGAGACUUACAAGGACCUGGCGUCCACUUUUGACCAACAUCUGCCGGGCUUCAAGAACAUCUUUGACAGCAACGUUCCUCACAGGGAGCCUCUGCCCGGAGAGUGGGACACCGCCCUGGACCGCUUCCAAAAGCUGCUCGUUCUGCGCUGCCUGAGGGCUGACUGUCUGGUCCAAGGCAUCCAGGACUUUGUGUCCGCCAAGCUGGGCCAGCGCUUCAUAGAACCUCAGACAUCGGACCUCGCCGUGGUCUUUAAGGAGUCGUCCCCGUCCUCUCCCCUCAUCUUUGUUUUGUCUCCGGGCACCGACCCGGCGUCCGACCUCUACAAGUUUGCCGACGCCAUGCACUUCUCCAAGAAAAUGACCGCCAUCUCCCUGGGCCAGGGCCAGGGCCCCUUGGCCGAAGCCCUGAUGCGCGCCGCCAUGGAAAGAGGCCAGUGGGUCUUCUUUCAGAAUUGUCACCUGGCGCCCAGCUGGAUGCCGUCGCUGGAGAGCCUCAUCGAGAACAUCGACCUCAAGGUCCACAAGGAUUUUCGGCUGUGGCUCACGAGUCUUCCCAGCAACCGCUUCCCGGUGUCCAUUCUCCAGAAUGGGACAAAGAUGACCAUCGAGCUGCCCAAAGGAAUCAAGGCCAACCUGCAGAAAACGUACCUGAAGCUCACCAACGACUUCAUCAAUUCCUCCAACAAGGUGUCGCACUUGAAGUCGCUGCUCCUGUCCCUGUGUUUGUUCCACGGGAUCGCUCUUGAGCGAAGGAAGUUUGGCCCGCUGGGCUUCAACAUUCCCUACGAGUUCACCGACGGCGAUCUGAACAUCUGCAUCAGCCAACUCAAAAUGUUCCUGGACGAAUACGAGAACAUUCCUUACAAGGUGCUGAAAUACACCGCCGGCGAGAUCAAUUACGGGGGCCGUGUGACGGACGAGUGGGACAGACGCUGCCUCCUGAGCGUGCUGGAAGAUUUCUACUGUCCCGCCGUUCUCCAAGAGGAUCACGCGUACUCCGAAUCCGGCGUUUACCGGCAGAUUGAGACAAAUGUGGACGUCAAGGGUUACCUGGCGUACGUCCACAGCCUGCCCAUCAACGAUACCCCGGAGAUCUUUGGUCUCCACGACAACGCCAACAUCAGCUUUGCUCAGAACGAGACGUUUGCUCUGCUGGGAUCGGUGCUGCGCCUCCAGCCUCGAACGGCAUCUGCCGGAGGCAAGACCCUGGAGGAGAUCGUGGAGGAGAUUGUGGCGGGCAUCGUGGUCAAGGUCCCGCAGCCUUUUGACAUUCAGGAGGUGGUGGAAAAGUACCCCGUGCUUUAUGAAGAGUCCAUGAACACGGUGCUCAUGCAGGAGGUCAUCAGAUACAACAAUUUGCUGGAGGUCAUCGCUCAGAGUCUCUGCGAUAUCGUGAAGGCCCUGAAAGGUUUAGUGGUGAUGUCUUCGGAACUGGAGCUGAUGGCCAACAGCCUGUUUAACAACGGCGUGCCUGAUAUGUGGAAGGCCAAGGCCUACCCGUCGCUGAAGCCCCUGGCCUCGUGGGUGUCGGACCUGCUGCAGAGGAUCGGCUUUCUUCGAGGAUGGAUCGCAAAGGGCAUUCCACCCGUGUUCUGGAUCAGCGGUUUCUACUUCCCUCAAGCCUUUCUGACCGGAACCCUGCAGAACUAUGCCCGCCGCUUCGGCAUCUCCAUCGACACCAUCGGAUUUGACUUCCAGGUUGUGUUGAAACCCGUGUGCGAUAUCGACAAGAAGCCAGACGCGGGCUGCUACAUCAACGGCUUAUUCAUCGAAGGCGCCCGCUGGGAUAACGACGCCGCUCGGCUCACGGAGUCCAGAGCCAAGGAGCUCUACACAGAAAUGGCCGCCAUCUGGCUCAUCCCCACUCCCAACCGCAAAGCUCCCACCGCCGGCAUCUACAUCUGCCCCAUUUACAAGACCCUCACACGAGCCGGGACGCUUUCGACUACCGGCCACUCUACCAACUACGUGAUUGCAGUCGAGCUGCCCACAGAUCUCACUCCUGGACACUGGAUCAAACGGGGAGUGGCCCUCAUUUGCGCUUUGGACUAUUAAAAAAAAAAAGGCCUUCUGAGUCGUCAACGUACAGUUUUAUAAUGUGCCAAAGCCGCUUGUUACUUUUUGGAACUUUUUCACAGCAGCCCAAAGUUAACAUGACACAAUAUUA